AUGACUUCGAAAACGUUGCUCUCCCUCCCCGACGAGGUUCUGCUCCAGAUUGUCGGACACUUGACACCACCUCUUGACGGCUUGGACAUCCCCUUCACAGCCUACACCGAUCCCGAUGGAGUCGUCGUGAGCAAUCGCGUCGCCCUGUACCGACUCGCCUUCGUCUGCCGCCGCUUGUCGGAUCUCGCCAUCCCGUCUCUUUACCAGACGGUCUACUUAUGGGGCCGGUCACGUCUUCAAUCGCUAUUGCAGACUCUCCUAGAACGGCCAGAGCUUGGCGCAAACAUGCGCAUAUUCUCAUACGUCUCGUGUCUGGGCAGCGAUCACUAUCCCACCGACGUACUAUGUCCGUACAAGCGUACCCAUUGGCGCCACUUAGUGGAAGAGUCGUCCCGAUUCCCGGACCGCAUCAAGGCCUUCAUGCGGGAAGCCAAGACGGAUCUCGAAGUCGUUCAAAUCGUUUUUGCCCUCGUUCUCUACUCGACGCCAAAUUUGCGCACCCUCCACAUGCGCAUGCCCUUCGCCGCUGGCGAGUACCAGAAGCUCAAGGAUAUUCUUACUCCGGACAUCGAACCCGACGAAGGCUGCCCCCGAGUUCUCAACUCACUCACCCGUAUCAUGCUGGAGCCCAUGCCCGACUUUCCCGGGGCGACUUUCUGGCCCCGCCGCGAGCUGCCAUGUCUACUGAGGCUGCCCAAUCUCAAGGCCGUGGAGCUGGGAUCUGCUCAUUUCCGACCAGCAGCCCUCCCGCCAGGUGACGGAUGGGGCGAUGACGGCAGCUGGAAGCAUGUUGAAGAGGUACGGCUCGUCCGCAGCAGCAUGUGGGGUUCAGGCUGGCACGCCAUCUGUGCUCUGUGCCCCAAUCUGAAGCUUCUCGAGAUGAGUCCUUCUGGCGUUUCCGACCAGGCUGCCGACGGCGAGCAUAACCUCAACACGGCUCUGGGUCUUGUUGCCGAAACCCUCGAGACGUUUUCAUUUGAGGGCAUCUUGGCCGCCAACUUCUCCCAGCAUGUCGGUGGAGACGGCACUCUCACCUGCUUACCCAAGAUGAAGGCGCUGCGAAACGUCAAACUCGACAUCGGCAUCUUGUUUGGCAAGCCGGAGAGGAUGGACAAGUUCGACGUCUUGGGAAGCCUGCCGCAAUCCUUAGAAAUACUCGACCUGGCAGAGCUGUGGCACGACGUUGAAAUUGACAAGCUGGGAUUCCAGGCCCGCAAACAGUAUGAAAGCGGCAUUCAGAACGCCUUGCGGAAGCUCGUUUUUGGAAGCAAGGAGAAGCUCCCGAACCUCAAGGAAGUCACCUUCCGCCCGAACCCCUUUUACGCUCAACUACCCUUGCCGGAUACCCUCAUGGUUGGAAAGUCGGACGUUGACUUCAAGCUGGUGUACUAA